CACCUCUAGUAGUUCAGGAAACAAAAAAAAAACUUGCUUUUUAGCUGAAAUCCGUAUAUUUGGAAUAUUAAGUGUACAAAUAAUUUAGUUUUACUUAGAAUUACUUGAUAUCUGGCGACAGAUCAAAUUUCUUGAAUCUCUAAAUUACGAUCACCCAAUUUGUCAAAAUUCCGACCAAAGCACCGAGGACGAGAGCCGCCAAACGACGCCAUCAGGAUAGCAAUCCCUCGCCCCCGCUGUUGUCGUUGUCGUCGUCCGCGUCCUCUACAACAACAGCAGCCAGAGAAAAUCCUCCAAAGCCGCAAGAGCAACAGCGGCAGUCUCCACAAAAAGAGCACUUGCCACCUGCCACAGCAAUGAAUCGUUCGGGCGCACAGACCACACAGAAGCCAGUCAAUCUGGAUGACAUCUGGAGUGAGCUGGUCGAAGGCAUACGCCAGGUCUUUGAGCAGGAAAAGUCGCUGACCCGCAUCCAGUACAUGCGCUUUUACACACACGUCUAUGACUACUGCACCAGUGUGAACGCAGCUCCAAGCGGCCGCAGCAAUGGAAAGACUGGCGGAGCCCAGCUGGUGGGCAAAAAGCUCUACGAUCGGCUGGAGCAGUUCCUCAAGACCUAUCUGAGCGAGCUGCUGACCAAGUUCAGGGCAAUUAGCGGCGAGGAAGUGCUUCUGUCGCGCUACACCAAGCAGUGGAACUCGUAUCAGUUCUCCAGUGUUGUAUUGGAUGGCAUCUGCAACUACUUGAACCGCAACUGGGUGAAGCGCGAGUGCGAGGAGGGCCAGAAGGGUAUCUACAAGAUCUACCGUCUGGCUCUGGUCGCCUGGAAGGGACACCUGUUUCUGGUGCUGAACGAGCCCGUCACCAAGGCCGUCCUCAAGUCCAUUGAAGAGGAGCGCCAGGGCAAGCUGAUCAACCGUUCGCUGGUGCGCGAUGUGAUCGAGUCCUAUGUGGAAUUAAGCUUUAAUGAGGACGACUCCGACUCGGAUCAACAGAAGCUCUCCGUCUACAAGGAUAACUUUGAGAGCAAAUUCAUAGCCGACACAGCCGCUUUCUACGAGAAAGAGUCGGAUGCGUUCCUAUCAACCAACACGGUGACUGAAUAUCUCAAGCACGUUGAGAAUCGCCUGGAGGAGGAGAAACAACGCGUCCGUGGCCAGAACUCGAAGAACGGCCUUUCGUACCUGCACGAGACCACAGCAGAGACUCUUAAGUCAACAUGCGAGCAGGUUCUCAUUGAGAAGCAUCUUAAAAUACUCCACGCCGAGUUCCAAAAUCUGUUGAAUGCAGAUCGAAAUGAAGAUCUUAAGCGCAUGUACUCUUUGGUUGCUCUUUCACCGAAAAACCUGACGGAUUUGAAGACUAUCCUCGAGCAGCACAUACUGCAUCAGGGCACCGAAGCCAUUGUUAAGUGUUGCACCACCGAUGCGGCAAACGAUCCCAAGACAUAUGUCCAAACCAUACUAGAUGUACAUAAAAAAUAUAAUGCCCUCGUGCUGACGGCAUUUAACAAUGACAACGGAUUUGUGGCCGCAUUGGACAAGGCAUGCGGCAAGUUUAUCAAUUCGAACGUGGUAACGGCUGCGAACAGCGCCAGCAAAUCGCCCGAGCUGCUUGCCAAGUACUGCGAUCUUUUGCUUAAGAAAUCCUCCAAGAAUCCCGAGGAUAAGGAGCUCGAAGACAACCUGAACCAGGUGAUGGUCGUAUUUAAGUACAUAGAGGAUAAGGACGUCUUCCAGAAAUACUAUUCUAAAAUGCUCGCAAAGCGUUUGGUAAACCACACAUCAGCAUCCGACGAUGCCGAGGCCAUGAUGAUCUCGAAGCUGAAGCAGACCUGUGGCUAUGAGUACACGGUCAAGCUUCAGCGCAUGUUCCAGGACAUUGGCGUAUCCAAGGACCUCAACACAUAUUUCAAGGAGCACCAGCUCACAAAUAAUGUUUUGUCCGAAAUUGAUUUCGGCAUUGAGGUCCUCUCCUCUGGCUCGUGGCCAUUCCAGCUAAACAACAACUUCCUGCUGCCGUCAGAGCUGGAGCGCUCCGUUCGUCAGUUCAACGAGUUCUAUGCGGCCCGUCAUUCCGGCCGCAAGCUGAACUGGCUGUAUCAAAUGUGCAAGGGAGAGCUAAUCAUGAACGUGAAUCGGAACAACACGUCGACAGUGUACACCCUGCAAGCCAGUACCUUUCAAAUGUCGGUGCUCUUACAGUUCAACGACCAGCUCAGCUUUACAGUCCAACAGCUGCUGGAAAACACACAGACACAGCUGGAAAGCUUGAUACAGGUUCUGCAAAUACUGCUCAAGGCAAAGGUUUUGACGUCCAGCGACAAUGAGAACUCAUUGACAACCGAGUCGUCUGUGGAGCUGUUCCUGGACUACAAGAACAAGAAGCGGCGCAUUAACAUCAAUCAACCGCUGAAGACUGAGCUUAAAGUGGAGCAGGAGACUGUACAUAAACACAUUGAGGAGGACCGUAAGCUGUUGAUACAGGCUGCUAUUGUUCGGAUUAUGAAGAUGCGCAAGCGCCUCAAUCACACUAAUCUAAUCUCGGAGGUGAUCAAUCAGCUGUCGGCGCGCUUCAAGCCCAACGUGCCCGUCAUUAAGAAAUGCAUCGACAUUCUGAUUGAGAAGGAGUAUCUGGAGCGCAUGGAGGGACACAAAGACACAUAUAGUUAUCUUGCCUAAGGUUAUUUUAAAUUUAAAACUGUACGCUGUUUCAUCAACGUCAAUCAUAAAAAAAUAUAUAAUUAUCGCUGUAGUACCCGCUCCGAUCCCUCCCACCCUAAUGAACACCCAAAUAAACUGCCGCCUAAAUAAUCGAACUACUAGCGAGAUGAAAAAUACUCCAUCGAAUCGACUUGGAUGUGCGGCUAGUGUGUCUGAUCAACGGGCUUCCUGAUGGCGUUUUCCUUUCUUAAA